AUGGCUGCUCUUACUGAUGAUGCCAAUGGUGAGGGAGCGAGUCAGCCUCGCACUGGCCCAUAUUCUUCUGGACGUGCCGGGGGUAGUCGCCGUGCUGCCACUGCAGAACAGCAUGAUGAUGAACCAUCUCUUGCUCAACUCCUGGCUAAUCAGAACCGACUUUUUGAAAGGAUGGUAGCGAACUCUGAAAACAUGGGGGCUGCCAUGGCACAGCAGGCCAAUCAAGCACCCUCCAAGCUAGCAGAUGUUCAACGAACACAUCCACCUCAUUUCUCCUCUGCGGCUGAUCCACUCGCAGCAGAUGAUUGGCUUCGUGAUAUUGAAAUCAAGCUGAACCUUUGCCGGUGUGAUCCUGUAGAGAAGGCUACCUUUGCUGCUUACUACCUGCAAGGUGCAGCAGCUGCUUGGUGGGAGACAUACAAGACUCUCAUUCCUCCUGACGAGCCAAUCACUUGGACUGUUUUCCGUGAGGGAUUCAGGUCUGCUCACAUCCCUGCUGGUCUCAUGGAAAUCAAAAAGAAAGAAUUUCUUAACUUGAAGCAAGGAAACAUGCCCUUCAUGGAGUUCAUGGAACGCUUCAAUUAUCUGGGUAGAUAUGCCGCUUCUGACUUGAACACUGAAACAAAGAAGGUUGAGCUAUGCAGAGAUCGUCUUGCACCUGAACUCAAGCAUGCUCUUGCUGCUCAUGAAAUCACCAGCAUGAAGACACUGGUUGCCCUUCGUGUUGAAUCAAGUGAAAAGGAAGUGGUUGAAGACCGUAAGCGUAAGUGGGCUGCAAAGAAAUUUGCUGGCAGCAGCAGUUCCACUCGGCCUCGUCUUGCUCCAUCUCCUGCGGUUCGUCCUAUGGCACCUCAGCCACCUCGGCAGAUGGAGCACCGCAGCAGCCUCGUGGUCCUCCUCAAGUUCAGCCUGGACAGCGUGGAGCUCCUGCUGUUCCCAAGCCAGCUCCAACUUUUGGAAGGGGCCGGCUCAACCAUGUCACUGCAGAAGAAGCAACCGACGCACCUGGUGUCGUACUUGGGAUGCCUCCAGAUCGUGACAUUGAAUUUGUGA